AUGGCGCGGUUGGGUCUUUCGUUCGCUACUUUCGCUCUCUGCUUCCUCCAGGCCCUCGCCCUGCCGUACCUGGAAGACUGGGCAGACUGGAACCUUAAUACCCAGCAGGGCGAAUCCGACCCGACCAAAUACUGGGGAGAAUGGGAGAACCAUGACUUCCAUCCCUCGCCCUCGAACUGGCGCAUGCCCUUCUACACCCUCUUCCUCGACCGCUUCGUCAACGGCGACCCCUCCAACGACAACAUCAAUGGCACGCUCUUCGAGGUCGAUCUCACCUCCAACCAGCUGCGCUAUGGCGGCGACAUUGAGGGGCUCAUCGACACUCUGGACUACAUCCAUGGCAUGGGCAUCAAGGGCAUCUACAUCGCCGGCAGCCCCUUCCUGAACCUGCCGUGGGCCGCCGACUCGUACUCGCCCACCGAUCUGACAGUCUUGGACUGGCACUUUGGCAACAUCACCGCCUGGCGCACCGCCAUCACCGAGAUCCACGAUCGUGGCAUGUAUGUGAUCCUCGACAACACCAUGUCCACCAUGAGCGACCUCAUUGGUUUCGACGGCUACCUCAACGGCACCGCGCCAUUCAAGUGGGACGAACACACCGCCGUCUGGAAGACUUCGAGGCGCUAUUGGGAUUUCGACGUCUCCAACGAGGUUACCGAGGACUGCGCUUGGCCCAAGUUUUGGUCCAAGGACGCCACCAUGGUUGGAUCCAACGUGACGGACAACUUUGUGAAAUGCAAGAAGUCCGAGUUCGAUCUGUUCGGAGAUGUCGAGUCGUUCGGAACCUACCCCGAAUACCAGAAGCAGCUGUCCAAGUUCUCCUUCGUCCAGGAUCGUUUGAAGGAGUGGGAGCCGACCACGUUGACCAAGCUGAAGUUGUUUUCGUGCAUCGCCAUCAACAUGCUUGACUUUGACGGUUUCCGUAUCGACAAGCAGCUGACCAUCACCCUGGAAGCCCAGGCCGAGUGGUCCCAGUCCAUUCGUGAGUGCGCCGCCAAGGUGGGCAAGAAGAACUUCCUGAUUUCGGGCGAAAUCGUGUCGGACAACACUCUUGGUUCCGUCUACCUUGGCAGGGGCAAGGAGCCGCAGAUGAAGUGGGCCACCAACGAGGAGGCCUUCACGGCCAACUCCAGCUGGCCAAUGGCGCCUGCCGUGUACCAGCGCAACGAGAGCGCCGUCGACGCCUGGGCCUUCCAUUACUCGGUCUACAGAAGUCUUCUGCGUUACUUGGGAGUCGACGGUAUCUACGAGGCCGAGCGCGAUAUCCCCGUCGACUGGGUCGACGCGUGGAACGAGAUGGUCAAGACCAACGACUUGGUCAACCCGAACACGGGCGAGUUUGACCCGCGCCACCUUUACGGAGCCACCAACCAGGACGUUUUCCGCUGGCCGGGCAUCACGAACGGAACUGACAGGAAUUUGGCUGGCCUCUUCGUUACGACCAUGAUCAUGCCUGGAAUUCCCCUGCUCUUCUUCGGCGAAGAGCAGGCUUACUACGUCCUCGAGAGCACUGCGGACAACUACAUUUUCGGCAGACAGCCCUUGUCGUCGUCUCUUGCCUGGCAAGACCACGGCUGCUACACGAUUCCUUUCACCAAGUACACCAACUUCCCGCUCGACAAGUCCCUGCACGGCUGCACUGACGACACUGUGAGCUACGAUCACCGUGACCCCUCGCAUCCUGUCAGGAACAUCAUCAAGCGCAUGUACGAGCUCAGGUCUGCUUUCCCAACCCUCAACGAUGGCUUUGAGCUCCAGAAGCUCUCAAACUUGACCGACUGGAUUUAUCUGCCUGGUUCCAAGGGCACCGGCACGGAAAUGGGUCUCCGCAGCGUUGUCAGGAUGCGCAAUGAGGCUACUCAGGAUUUCUCCAGCGACGAUUCGGGUGCGGGUAACCAGCCGGUGUGGCUCAUUUACACCAACGACAACUCCACGACUACCUAUUCUUUCGAUUGUUCGGAUACGAACAAGUCGCUGGUGGCGCCUUUCGACACUGGCACCACUGUCAAGAACCUGUUUUACCCGUACGAAGAGUACACGCUCAAGUCGUCGCCCGUGAAGCUUGGCUUGGAGGACCAGACCGACUUCAACGGCUGUCUCGAUUCCCUCGACAUGAAGCAAUGGGGCUUCAAGGCGCUCGUCCCGGUCGAUGCUUUCGCUGAUCCCAACCCCGUCAUCACCAAGUUUGUGCCCGGUCACGACUAUCGCCACGCGGCGACGUCGGAGAAGGAGGAGAUCGACAUCGAAAUCCACUUCUCCCACGAAAUGAGCUGUGACUCUCUCACCAAGGCCAUUACCUUCACCUCGGAUUCCGCCGACGGCUCUUCGCCAACCAUUGACACUGGCAGUGUCAACUGCACGACGAUGAGCAACAGCACCGAGUAUGAUUACAACGGCGCUAUUCCCAGCGCGUGGAAGUACUCGGCAACGUUGAAGGACGUGGCACACGGUGUUCACCGCAUCACCCUCACCAACGCCACCACCACGUCCGGCCUGAAGACUGGAUCCAAGGACAACUUCAUGAUCCGCGUGGGUGAGGAGAACAACCCCAUCACUUUCCCCAGGACCGCCAAGUUUUCGACGACUCUUGUGACUGGAACGACGGACAACCUGCUUGUUCACCACAACGCCGCCGGUGCCACCAAAUUCCGUGCCUCGAGAGACUGGGGAUCGUCGUGGACCGACUGGCUUGACUAUACCGGUGACGACUACACCAUGCCCGCGCUGAACUGGACCGGUACUUCGGCCCAGUCGUGGAGCGGCGAACACAUCAUCGUGCAGUACUGGGGUCGUCUCGUCGCCAGCAGCGCCCACCAGCAGGAGGGUGAUCUGGACGGUGAUUCGACUCGCGCGUUCCCGCACUUGUUCGUCAACGGCCCUUAUAACCAGUAUGGCUACGACGGCGGUCUCAAGAACACGGCGAAUGUGAACACGAGCGGUCAUUGGCAUUUCGAUCUGGCCACCGAGUGGCCGGCCAAGAUCCAGUUCAACGUCUGGGGAAUGAACCCCGAUGGCAAGCCCGAUCAGUCCUACAUCUACGGCGACGUUGACGGAGACGGCGUUCUCGACCGUCUUCCUCCGUCUUCCCUGACCUCCAACACGGUGAACAUCUCGUCGCUUCCGGGAAGCCCGUACACGGCGUACAAGCUUGCCGUGUCUUAUGACGGCAAAUCUCUGACGCUCAUGCCCACCGGCCACAUGGGCUACCAGCUGACGCUGUUCAUUCUGCUCUGGAUCGUUCCCGUCUUGACUGCCGCGGCCGUCAUCUUCUCCUACACGAAGGCCUUCUACCAGGUCAAGUUCAACACCAACGGUGUCACGCAGGCGGCGAAGCAGUCGAUUCCCCUCGCUCUUCGCCGCAGGCUCAAGCGCAAGGCCGAGUACGAGAAGGCCGCCAUGGACUCUACCCCCAACCUGCAGGUCACCACUGCGCCCGGCUCUCCUGAAGUUUCUGCUCUCGCCGCCGAGGCUGGUGCUGGAAAGCGCCGCGCUGUUCUCAUCGCCACCAUGGAGUACGACAUUGAGGACUGGGGCAUCAAGAUCAAGAUCGGUGGUCUCGGUGUCAUGGCCCAGCUGAUGGGCAAGUCUCUUGGUCACCAGGAUCUGAUCUGGGUUGUUCCCUGCGUUGGCGGUGUCGAUUACCCCGUCGAUGAGGUGGCCGAGCCCAUGUACAUCACCAUCAUGGACAAGGUCUACCAGAUCAACGUCGGCAUCCACAAGCUCCGCAACAUCACCUACGUUCUCCUCGACGCCCCCGUGUUCCGCCAGCAGACCAAGUCCGAGCCUUACCCGCCUCGUAUGGACGACCUCGACAGCGGUAUCUACUACUCUGCGUGGAACCAGUGUAUCGCCGAAACCGUCAAGCGCUUCCCCCAGAUCGAUCUGUACCACAUCAACGAUUACCACGGAGCUCUGGCGCCGCUGUACCUCCUGCCCAACCUCAUUCCCUGCGCUCUCUCGCUCCACAACGCCGAGUUCCAGGGUCUGUGGCCCAUGAGGACACACACGCAGAUCAAGGAAGUCUGCUCGGUUUUCAACCUGGACGACGAGAUUGCCAAGCGUUACGUCCAGUUUGGUGAGGUCUUCAACUUGCUCCACGCCGCCGCCAGUUAUCUGCGCAUCCACCAGAAGGGUUUCGGUGCCGUCGGUGUCUCCAGGAAGUACGGUAAGCGUUCGUUUGCUCGUUACCCCAUUUUCUGGGGUCUGCCGCAGAUUGGUUCUCUCCCCAACCCGGAUCCCACGGAUACCGCCGAGUGGGACAGGAACGAGAAGAUGCUCGAGGAUGUGCCCGUCGACCCUGCGUACGAGGCUGGCCGUGGCGAGCUGAAGAGGCAGGCGCAAGAGUGGGCUGGCCUGGACCAAGAUCCCCAAGCCGAGCUCUUUGUGUUCGUCGGUCGUUGGUCCAUGCAAAAGGGUGUCGAUCUCAUCGCCGACGUGUUCCCGUCCAUCCUCAAGAACUACCCCAAGGUGCAGCUCAUUGCCAUCGGUCCCGUUAUCGAUCUGUACGGCCGUUUCGCCGCCAUCAAGCUGCAGAAGAUCAUGGAGCUGUUCCCCGGCCGCGUCUACUCCAAGCCCGAGUUCACCGCUCUUCCGCCUUUCAUCUUCUCUGGUGCCGAGUUUGCCCUGAUCCCGUCUCGUGACGAGCCCUUCGGUCUGGUCGCUGUCGAGUUCGGUCGUAAGGGUGCGCUUGGUGUUGGUGCGCGUGUCGGUGGUCUGGGUCAGAUGCCCGGUUGGUGGUUCACGGUCGAGUCGAUGACUCCCAAGCAUUUGAUCCGCCAGUUCAAGUCCGCCAUGCACGAUGCUCUCGCCUCCGACACCGAGACCAGGGCCAAGAUGCGCGCUCGUUCGGCCAAGCAGCGUUUCCCCGUCGCCCAGUGGGUGGAGGACCUGGAGACUCUCCAGACGACGUGUAUCAAGAUCAACCACGAGCAGGGUGGCAAGCACAAGGGCCUCGGUCUCUCCUCGCCUUCGAUGCUCAGUCUCUUCCAAAAGUCUCCCAAGGUAUCGCCCAACGCCUCGCAACUUUCGUUUGGCAUGGGCACGCCCGCUGGCUCGCGUCCCGUCUCUGCCGCACAUCUCUCCGUUCCGCCGCACUCGCCAGGGCAACCCUCUCCUCGCCCCGACGACAUCUACUCGCCUGCGUUCCACUCUCCUGCCUCAUCCCCCGGCCAGAACGACGUUCUCCUGCCUCCUCCGCCGCUUUUGGGUGCCAAUCUGGGCGUUGGUCACGACAGAGGAAGUGUGGCUAGUUUCAACACCACCUUCAGCAACUCGUCGGUUCUCAGUCUGGACACUGUCGUGGGCUCGCGUCAUGACAUGGCACUUCAGAAGGUUGACCCGUCCUUUACCGAUGCCAACGGCUACUUCUCGAGAGAGUUCGAGAAGAGGCUGGAGAAGCUCAACCCAAGCACGUCGGAGAACCAACUGUGUAUCGAAGACAUCCUGGUCAAGAGCGAGAAGAAGUGGUUCAACACUUACCGCGACGCCAAGCUCGGCAAGACGCUGGAUGACAGCUCCAUGCUCUCGCUUGGGCUUCCCAACACGCGUCCUUCGAGUCCCGCUCCUUCUGGGAUGAGGUCGGCCAGCGGCAGGGACAGUCCUUUCGGCGGCCGCGAUACCAUGACCGAGGGUGAUGACAACAGCUACUCGUCGUACGACGACAUGCACCCGCUGGGCGCCGGCUACGACACGCCCACGGGAAUCAAGAAGCUCAUGAUGUACAAGAUCGGCGAAUGGCCCGUCUACUCGUUGUUCCUCGCCCUCGGCCAGAUCAUCGCCGCCAACUCGUACCAGGUGUCGCUGCUCUCCGGAGAAGUCGGCCAGUCGGCCACCACGCUCUACAUCAUCGCGACGAUUUACGCAGUCUCUUCGGUUUUAUGGUGGUAUGGUUACAGGAGGCUCAAGUCCUACUACGUUCUCUCUAUUCCGUUCUUGUUCUACGGCGCCGCCUUCUUCUGUGUUGGCAUCGCUCCCUUUGCCACAUCGUCGAUUGGAAAGACUUGGGCGCAGCGUGUGGGAUCCGGUCUUUACAGCGUCGCGUCUGCCAGCGGUUCGAUCUACUUUGCGCUCAACUUCGGUGAAGAAGGUGGUGCUCCCAUCAAGACUUGGGUUCUCCGCGCCUGUCUCGUCCAAGGCACGCAGCAAAUCUACAUCAGUGCCCUCUGGUACUGGGGAUCUGCGCUCACCCAGCUUUCGGACCAGGGCGUGGAAACGCAGACUGCCACCCCCACGGCCGUCAUUGCCGGUGUCUGCAUCCCGUUGGCGUUCAUCCUGUGGGCCGUUGGUACCAUCAUCUACCUCGGACUUCCCAACUACUACCGCCAGAUUCCCGGUGACGUGCCUUCCUUCUACCGCUCGCUCUACCAGCGUAAGAUCAUCAUGUGGUUCUUCGUCACCGUCUUUGUCCAGAACUACUGGCUCGCCGCGCCUUACGGUCGCAACUGGCGUUUCCUUUGGACGACCAACCACGCCAGUGGCUGGCAGAUCCUCCUCCUUGUCGUCUUCUUCUUCGUCGUCGUCUGGGCCGCGGCCUUUUGGUUCUUCGGCCGUCUUUCCAAGUCGCACUCCUGGAUCCUCCCCAUGUUCGCCAUCGGCGUCGGCGCUCCCCGCUGGGCGCAGAUGCUCUGGGGUGUGUCGGGCAUCGCCAACUACAUGCCCUGGGUGGGUAGUCAGCAGGCUUCUGCGCUCAUCGCGCGUGCGCUCUGGCUGUGGCUGGGCGUGCUCGAUGCGCUUCAGGGCGUCGGCUUCGGUAUGAUGCUCCUGCAGACCAUGACUCGUUUCCACAACACCUUCUCCUUGAUCGCCGCUCAAUUCAUCGGAUCGGUGGCCACCAUCAUCGGCCGCGCGACCGCACCCGACCGUCUGGGACCUGCCUCGGUCUUCCCCAACUUCGCCAUCACGGGCGUAUCAGGUCUCAACAGCGCCAGCUUCUGGAUCUGCUUACUGAUGCAACUCGGCAUCUGCGUCGGCUUCGCCACCUUCUUCAGAAAGGAGCAGCUCAUGAAGCCGUAG